AUGGUCAAGCACUGCACAACGUCAAUCAUAAGUGAUAUCCUUCACCGCCGAGGCUUCCUAAGAACACCAUGCCUGACGCGUCCUGCACAAGAAUAUGACAUCCCCGACCCGGCGCUCACAGAGCUGGGCCAGCAGCAAUGCCGCGCGCUCGAGCAGCACCUUCGUCAGCAUCUGCCGCUCGCCGACAAGGUCGAGCGUAUAAUCACUAGUCCUAUGCGACGUACCUUGGAAACCACCACUCUGGGCCUUGACUGGCUUAUCGAAAGGGGCGUCCCUGUAGAAGCUAAUGCUCUCUGGCAAGAAAUGCUCAGACUAACCCUAUACUCUCACAGAAAACUCGGACAAGCCCUGCGACACAGGCAGCCCCUCCCAGACAUGAAACCCACGUUCCCACACUUUGACUACUCGACCGUCGACCCUCUCUGGCCCUCCAAAACCGGCCCUUAUGCCUUCACCCGCACCGCAACCAUCGCGCGUGGUCAAUCCUGCCUCCGCGACCUGCACUCGCGCAAAGAAAAGGUCAUCGCCGUGGUCUCGCAUUCGGGCUUCUUGAGAUGUGCAAUCAGUCUUUGCAAGUAUGCUAAUGCUGAUUACCGCAUCUUUGAAUUCAAGGAUACGGAGCAAGGUGAUGAUUUGGAGUUGGUGGAGUGGAAGGAGACGGAGCGAAAUGGAGGUGGGUUGGGUGAGAGUGAAAAGGGCAGGGCGGCAAUCGAGGAUAGCGAUUUCCCUGAACGACGGGCUGAGGAGGUUGAGCAGAAGUUGGGUGGAAAGACCGACGGCGAGGCUGCUAAAGAGGUCCCCGAGAAGAAGUAG